AUGUUAAAAAUUAUUGAUAAGUUAAGAGAAUUACUUUCAUAAGAAUUAUGGAUUAAGUUCUUCAAUACAAUUAAUGGUAGACUAAUGCUUAAAUUAAUAAUGUUUAAAUCUGUUAUCUGUAAGCUUAAAAACUCUAUAAAGUCGUCUUGAUGCUUGGAAUUUUGUUUGGUUACAUUGGAAGUUCUGAAAUGAAAGUAAAAUUCAAUAUGAAUGAAGAUCUGGAUUAUAGCUAAAAAUUGACAGAAACUAUUUUAUCAAAAGUAGAUAGUUAUUUCAAACAAUUAAUAAUACUAGCUUAUUUAUCUGAGAAAUCUGCAACAAAUUUUACUUAUAAACCAAUCUCAUAGAAUAACUUUACCAUUUCUAACGAUACAUUCACAGAUAAAUACAUAAUAUAACAUAAAUUGAACCAAAAUAAUAUAUCAUUAUAUAGAUCUUUAUAUAAAGCUAUCGAUUAAAUGGAUUAAGAAGGAUGGUUUUAAACAAUCAAACUUGCAUAAAUAGAUAAAUAUAUUUUUGAAAUGAUGUUUAAUUAUGAUGAUAUGUAUGUCUUUUUUCAUCAAUACUAUCUAAUAAAUAAACUAAAUAAAAUUAUCCAUUACUUUCCAGUUAUAGAAAGUAUGAAUGAAAGUUAUCUUUAUUUGGAAUAAAAAUAAUAAAUAUUGUAUAGCAAUGAAACAAUUAUAUUCUCAUAUCCAACUAGUUAUGGAAUAGUAUUAGGUAUAGGGUAUACAAAAGUUAUUGGCUAAAUCUUAUCGAAAUUAGGCUCCUCGUUUUUUAUCAAAAUUUUUAAAAUUGAUAACUCUUUUUAUGUGUCAAAUGAUUAAAAUAUGGAUAAUCAAUGUGAAUGUUAGAUGAAUAGGAUAUUGAAUAUAAGUUUUAAUUGUGAUUUACCAAAAGGAGGUAAUGGAUACUAUUCUAGUAAUACAUGCAAUUCUUUAUAUGUAACAGAUAUAUCAACUGAUAGUUAAAUUUAAAUUUAUUUAGUAAUAUAUAAAUAGAGAAUAAAUUAUUCAAUCCAAACCUUAGACUUAUUUGAUUUGGCAUGGCCUUAUUAUUUAAUAAUGAUUCUUAUAUUAUUCAUUAAUAUUUUGAUUAUCAUCAAUAGAAUUAAUUUAUUUACCAGAGAUAUUACUAACCCAAUUAAAUAAGUUACCUAUAAGAUCGAUAAAAUAAUAAACAACAUAUUUUAAAUAAGGAUUAUUAAUAAAAUAUAAGCAGAUGAUAUUUUAAUUAAAGAGGACACUGAAGUAUAAAUUUUACUUCAUGAGUUUUCUCGUUUAUUUGAAUAAUUAAGAAAUAAUAACACUUUUAAAAUUUAAACAUUUGAAAAGAAAGAGAAGAAAGACAUUUUACCAAAAUAAAAUGAUAAAUCAAUUGAAUAAAUUAAAACUUUGGUAAAUAAAUUUAGAGAAUCACUGUGA